GCACAAACAGCGAUUACACAGCCCCGCCCAACACCGCUUGACUUUAUCAACUUGCACCUAAGAACGACCGCUAAAAUGGUUCAAAUUUCCACUCAGACUGCCGUUGUCACCCUCCUGGGUAUUGCCUCGGGUGUCCAGGGCUGCGCCGCGCCCAAGGCCAACCAGCCAUCCAUCGAUCUUGUCGCCGAGUUUGAGGGCUUCAAUCCUAACGUUUACAAGGAUCCCGUCGGCAAAGACACCGUCGGCUACGGCCAUCUCUGCCAGCAGGCUGGGUGUGCCGAGGUCAAGUACCCGAUCCCGCUGUCGGUUGAGAACGGCAAGAAGCUCCUCAGUGAUGACCUGGCUGUCGCUGAGACUUGCAUCACCAUGUCAACUGCGCAGGCAGUGACGCUCAACGCCAACCAGUACGGCGCGCUCGUGAGCUGGGCCUUUAACAUUGGCUGCCCGCAGACGCGCAGCUCAGACCUCAUCAAGGGUCUCAACGCAGGACGCGCCCCUGGCGACAUUGUCCCCAUCGAGCUGCCGAAGUGGAACAAGGCCGGCGGUCAGGUCCUGCCUGGCCUUACUCGCCGCCGCAAGGCUGAGCUGGACUUGUUUAACACGGCAACUGGAGACGGUGCGCUGCCCGCACCCGGCUGCUGAGCUGGCUUGUCAUCGUGUAUAUACUCGAGGGAACCUUUCGCUACCUCAUGUCAAGCAUGUCCGUAUAAGACAGGCGGCUCGGAUGACUGGCUUUCCGCCAUAUAAGUAUACAAUGCGUACGAUAGACGGCUGUAUGAUUAUUUGGUGACCGACGGCAAGUGCAACGGGAAUCAAGGCCAUUGAAAUCUGGUCAAAAGCGA